UGUAUAUAACCGUCAUUACGGUAGAGACCCGGGCUGGGACAUGACGGUGUCAAACAUGGCGCUGUGCUGCUCGGGUCUGCUGGGACAUCUGUCUUUGACCCGGCUGUCUGCUCUGAGGACAAACACCAUCACCAACAGCCUGUACUCUGCACGUGUGUACACCUGUCCGUCCAGGUUUUCCCUGUGCAGACCUUACUCAUCGUCCAAAGUUAGAAGAGGUGUUGGUCGGUAUGUCUCCUCCAGGCUUCAGUGGGUUAAUAACAAAUAUGAAAACUUCCUCAAAAGGAGAUUUCCACGCUUUCAUCAGCUGUACCGCACUUUUUUUGAAGGAUUCAAGCUGCUGUUCAGCGACGCCAACGAGGUGAAGAGGAUAAAACUAAAGAUGCACUACGAACGACUACCGUACAAAGACCUGCCCUACAGGGACAUGGAGAAACUCAGACAGUUUCGCAGACACGUGAUUAAGGCCAUUCCUCUGGUGCUGAUCUCCAUCCCUCCCUUUGCCAACUACCUGGUUUUUGUCCUGAUGUACUUUUUCCCCCGUCAGCUCCUGAUCCCUCAUUUCUGGACUCCCAAGCAGCAGGCAGAGUUUCGGGAAGUGUACCAUUCCCUCAGAGCCCGGUACCACUGGCCGGUGCUCAAAGGGCUCGAAAACACGAGCAACCGGGUCAAAGACAGUCAGCUACAGAUUCACCUUAAGGACCUCUGUGCUAAAGUGCUGAGAGGAGAAAACCCCAGAGUGUCUGAAAUCCUUGCGGUCCGUGGCCUGUUCUCUGGACCGCCUCUGGGUAUGAAGAGGAUGAGCGUGGAACAAAUGAGACACAUCAGCCCGUUGCUCUUCCUGACGCCUCGCCUUCCGGGAUUCCUGAUCAGCCACCGGUUGAAUGGCCACGCUUUGGAGCUCAUCCAGCUGGACCGGGCCCUCGUCAGGCUGGGCCCACACCAGCUGAAUGACACUGAAGUCAGACAGGCUUGUUACUUACGCGGGAUAAAUUCUGACGGGCUUGAGAUUAACCAGUGUCGUGAGUGGUUAUCCCAGUGGCUUCAGGUGUCGUCCUCAUUGAAAGACUCAGAGGUGUCACUUCUUCUGCACAGCAUCGUAUUUCUCUCUGCCAACUACCCAGGCCGACACUGACAGGAAGCCUGCAGCAAUCUGUUCUGGUGAUUACGUUCUCUUUCAUGCACUGGGCAGCAAAACUUCCUGGAGAGAGCUGUCAACGUCUCGUUUUUUGUUUUUUUGCCAAGGAAAAAAGACUUAAAACUGUAAAAACAAACCGUCUUAGCCCAAAUUCUAAAUAUUUUCCAGCUGUAAACACCGACAAACACCACCAACGACAACAAAGCUGAGAGGAUUUCUUUUCACGAUAAGACAGGCGUGUUUUAACUUGUGUGGCGUUCUCAUGUGUUACAAAACCUCAUGAGGGACUUAAAUUUAUUUUGAAGCACUGAACUAUAUAAAGUGGUGACGUAUCAUGAUUACCUGUUAACUGUAUCUCAAGCUUGUUUCCACUGUAGAGUGCAGACUUGUCGAUUGUUUACUAUGCCAACACAUUAUUACAAAGCUACACAGACAGACAGGCGAACAAAGGGGCAAAGUUUGCACACAUUCCUUUCAUAAAAAUCCAGAUAAGUCCGCUUUCAUGUGGCUGUGACGCGUACAAAAUGUUCUUUACCUCACUGUGUGUGCUCUGAUCUUACUUCUUUACGAUGAGUAAUGCUGGUCGGAGACAAAAAAUUGUAGACAACCCGUGAAAGGGGAACUUUGUGGUCUAUGUCUUUAAGGAAAGAAAUCGUUUAUAGUCAUCAGAAAUCUUUAGAUUACACAAAGGCACCUUCUAAGCAUUCUCGGGUUCUGUAAAAAACAAACAAACUAAAAGCUAAAUUAUAACUUGCAAAGACAUUCAAAGCUUUGACUGAACUUCUAGUUGUAGAUUAACCUUUUCUGAAGUGCUGUGCAACAUUUACAAGCUGCCUGAAAAGGGUUGUGAUGGCACUUUGUUUACUUGAUGUCUUCUUGCUUUGGACUCAUGAUGACAGAGUUUAUCCCGGUCAGACCAGCCCACAAUUUCAUUUUCAUUCAAGCUUUUUGCCAACUUCAGGAGGACUUGCACAUCCUUUGUGCCUUUCACAAAGACGGGCACAAUAAGUCUGAAAUAUGACUUAAAAAAAGUUCUCUUCUGUCUCAUUUUAUUGUGAUAUUAUUUGUUGUGUUGCUGUGCCAAUAUUAUAUACAAUGUAAUGGAAUUGUGUCUGAAAUAAACACAUUUAUGGAG